GCGCUCCGUUUGCUGAGCAAGAGGCAAACGCCUGCACUAGCGCUAGCAGCAAUCCAUUGUGUGUAAUUAAUUGUAACCCGGGCCGGCCCGACACUGCACGAGAUGGCCGACUACUACCACGGCGGCAGGGCCAGCAUGUACGACGACUGCUACGACGCCGGCAGGCACGGCGGCGGCAGCAUGAAGGCCUACUCGCGCACCGACGAGUACUAUGACAACGUGCAGGACGACCGCAUCAGGAUGAGGCCCGUGUACGCCGACGACGACUGUACUGGCUACAACGGCGGCGGCUACGGCGCCGGCAGGCAGACCGCCGUCUACACUACUGACGAGUACUCCCGCGGCGGCGGCUAUGGCGGCUACGGCGGCGAGCAGGAGCACUUCAAGAGAGAGGAGAGGGAGCACAAGCACAAGGAGCGCCUCGGCGAGGUGGGCGCCCUCGCCGGCGGCGCCUUUGCCCUGUACGAGGGGCACCGUGCGACGAAGGACCCGGCGAACGCGCAGAGGCACAAGAUCGAGGCCGGCGUGGCGGCGGCGGCGGCGCUGGGCGCCGGCGGCUACGCGUACCACGAGCACCGCGAGCAGAAGGCGGCCCACUACGAGACCAAGCAGCAGGCGCCGGAGCACAGCCACAGGGUGCCGCACGGCUACUACUGCAACUGAAACUCAUCCGAUCGAUCGAUGCAUAUGCAGAUGCAGAUCAUGCAGAUGGACGAUCGAACGAAUGCAUCAGCAUCAACUCGAUCCUAUGGACUGCCGUACGUACGUACGUACGUACUAUACGUGCGUGUAAGUAAAUAAGAGCAGACGUGACGUGUGUGUUGCUCACUACUCAUACUUAUUUGCAAAAUAAUAACUAAGCGCAUGCUUCUGCAGCGUGUAAUAAACGAUCACUAUUAGGCCUUGUUAUUUGGAUGUAGUCGGAUUCGUAUCAAUCCACAUGUGUUAAAGGUGGAUUGGAGUGGAACUUAAACUAAAUUCCACCCCAGUCCACUCCAACACAUGUGGAUUGAGAUGAAUCCGACAAUAUUCAAACAAGGCCUUAAAUGUAUUGAUGCAUGCAAUUAAACUAUGUAUAUAUUGUGUGUUAAUGUCA